AGAAUGGCGCGAGGAUCGAUUCCCGUUCUGAUAGUCCUAUAUUGUGCAAUAUAUCAUAGCCAGAUCUGCAAUGCCGGGAUUCUCAAAAACAGAAACAUUUUCCCGACGCUUAUCGAAGAAAGGAGUUCGGCGGGCGAGCUCACCUUAAGAAUUAACCAGGACCUCGUGCUUAAUCUACGAAGAACGUCUGUGUUUUCGGACACAAUUCAGUUGUCGUCGUUUGAUGGGGAUACUAUGCUCACACGCAACGUACCAUCAGAAUUAAUUGAGAAGAACUUGUAUCACGACACGGAACGUGGAGCCGCCGUUAUGGUAUCCGACACCGACGGACUUCGUGUGGAAGGAAUCAUUGGGGAUCGACUGAGAAUAUCAUCCACAAAUACUGCCGAACGCAAUGCAGCAGGACAUCUGGCUCAUAGAAUAUUUGAAAUCGAGAGACAAUCUUCAGAAGGAAAUGACAUAUCGCCACAGCCACCAAAUGCGCACCUUCUAUCAACCGGUGCUUCAAAGAACUUUGAUGUAACAGCAAUGGAGCGAGCCCAAAGUGGGACCAAGGUCAUAAUUACACCAGAGGUUCACCUCCUAAUCGACUCGAAGCUUACAAAACAAUUUAAUAACACAGAAAGUAUCGCCAGCUAUUAUGCUAUAUUCGCUGCCUUUGUGAAUUUAAAAUUUAAAACUCUGGAAGAACCGCUUGACGUACAGCUUGUCAUUGCAAAAAUUACGACCUAUACGGAAACAAGCGAAACGUUCGUUAAGAAGGCACCAAAAAAUGAAAACGUAAUACUGACAGACAGCCUAGCCGAAUUAAAGAACUUUAUCACAACAAGAAGCGAAUUUAAAACUGAUGACCUCGUGAUAUUACUAACUGGACACGACAUUGCGUUUUAUAACUCAGUGAGCCAGAAAGUGGUAUCUGAAUGGACAUCAGGUUACGCCUAUGCUGGUGGCGCUUGCCGAGACACCAAGGUGGGCAUGGUGGAAGACAAGGCCAACAUGUUCACUGGUACACACACAUUCACUCACGAGGUCGGACACUUACUUGGGAUGUCCCACGACGGUCAAGCUGCACCAAAUCAUAUAACGAACAGUCCCGGAGCCACGAAGUGCAAACCUAGUGACGGUUACAUUAUGGCUCCUGUACAUGAUGCUCUUAGUUACCAUAUGUUUUCGGUAUGCAGCGCAGAACAGCUCCUCGCUUUUCAAAGGGACCCGCAGACGACAUGUUUUAAUAAUACUCCGCAGAGGCAUAAUAAACCUUUAAAGGACGACGAAAUUAGAGGCAUGGCAGUCUCAGCGCAGAAGUAUUGUGAAACACAACACCCUGGAACAAACGUCACCUACCUCCAGUCAUAUAACGGAUCUCAAUAUGACCUGAUGCGCUGUGAGAUCAUAUGCUCAUGGCGGGUAGGUCACUUAUUGUAUACGACCUUUUAUGACGCUCCUGACAACACCCUUUGUGACGAGAAAGACAAGUCAUUGGUCUGUAUUAACAAAGACUGCAUCCACAUUCCCACUGACUUGAAGACAUUCACAGCAACACCUAGAACCGCGUAA